AUGUUACCCAAGAAGCGACGACAUCGAAUAAGCUCAUUUUUAAACCUUUCAGUGGUGUCGUUGUGGCAAGCGUGGCAAGAGUUUGUAGCUGGCGACAAAAAUGACGAUUUACGCAACGUCUACAAGCCUGAACUAUACGGGGUUUGCUGGUGUGGACAGGGUUUCGAAAAACGGGAAGACAUGCCACUUGAUCUCUAUCAGGGCAUCCAGGAACAAGUGGAUUCGAUCGAAGACACUGAAAUGGCAGUAGAAGCUUUUCCAGUUACGAAUAUGGCUCCGGAAUUGCGCUACAAAGCGUAUUUCAUUAAAGACCUUUUUUCACCGCUCACCAAAGCUGUUUUUACAGAUGUGACGGAUGUUGGUGAAUCACAAUCGUCGUGGAACGUGGGGGUCUUGUUCCCGAUGAUGCAAGCAUGUGCUCGCUACAUCCGUUUGGCGAAUGGUCGAACUAUCACGUUCGUACCAGGAGAAGCACCGCUGCAAGCAAUGGCCAACAUUGGAGUGGCAACCACAGCAACACCUUACAGACGGAAUUCUCCGUCUUUAAAAUCUCAAUAA